AUGGUAGAGUUGAAGACAGAAACCAAGAAGAACCAGAAUUGUGAGAAAGAGAGAGAAGAUGAGAAAGACUUGAUCAGUGCGUUGCCCGACUAUGUUCUUGUUCACAUUAUCCAUUUUGUGGACACAGCUACGGCAGUUCAAACCUCUCUCUUAUCGAAAGUAUGGAACAACCAUUGGAAAUCUCUCACCACUCUCUCUUUUAGACGCGGCGAUUUCAAAAACCAAGUCAACUACAACCAGUUUGUCCACCACGUUGUCUCCCAUAGAGACACUUACAUUCGUUUGCAUCGUCUUGAUUUCGAGGCAUGCGUCGCACCACAAGAGCUUCUCAACCUUUUCAUUCCUCUUCUGCAUUAUGUCGCUCAUUUGAGAAUUUAUCUCUAUCACCUAUCUACAAAAUUUGUUUAUUAUUCCAUACCUAUCAUCUUUUCUUCACCCUCUCUCACAUCUUUCACUCUCGUUUUUUCAAAUUGUAUUAUCUUUAAACUUCCACAAUCUCUAGAACUACCUGCGCUCAAAACCUUGAGUCUCACUAAUGUCUCGUUCACCGCAAGGGACAGUGAUGAGUGCGCUGAACCCUUUUCAUCCUGUUUCUUGUUGAACAGUUUGGUCCUUCUGGGGUGUUCUUUGAGUAACCCUGACAAAGUCCUCAGCAUAUCAAAUCCCAACCUUUCUCGUUUGACCAUGAAAAGGUACACCGAAGUGAAGUACAAGAUUGUGCUUUCUACUCCGAAUCUCACCCAUCUAGCUAUCAGAAGUUGGAUAACCUUGCACGAGGUCUCAUCCACUUGUGAUCUUGCACUUCUUGAAGAAGCCAACAUUGAAGCAUUUAUAUGCGUUGUGCCAGAAGAUGAUAUCUACUCCCGCCCUUUGUUAGUCUACAGACAUUGA